ACCCCGCCCGCCAGCUUUGUGCUUUGCAGCUUUCGUCAGAGACAGUUGUGCCUCUCUUUCCUCUCCCCCAAUUCAUUUUCGCUUUCUGCUUCCCAAACCCUUCUCUGUGCAAAGAAUACCAAAGCUCUAGCAAACCCUUCAACCACACCGAUGGCCGGUGCCGGGGACGAUGUCAUGAGUGUCCAUGAAACAAAGCCUGACUCAUCAGAGAUCUUUCUUGCUUCAGAAUCUCCAGAUUGCACUGAGAAGUACAAGAAAUAUGAAGCUGAUUAUGUUCAUCGGCUGAAGGCCAAAUAUUUUUCCAGAAAGAACCUGUAUGGAGGUGUUAUAUUUGACAGUGAAGUUACCAUAGAUGGCGAGAUUAUUAAGUCAAGCGGGUGGCCUUGUACACGAUCAUUCACAGAUCCAGUCCAGAGUUUCAAAGAUCAAAGCAUGUUUUUGGCUUCUGCAGCAGAAAACUCUACUAAUCAUCCAAACAAGAAACACAAAUCAUAUAUUCUUUUUGAAGAUCCAAAAGAUGCAGCUUCUGUUGAUAUGGAUAAAGUGGACCAGUUGCGGGCAUCUCUUGAUGUACCUUAUGUGACAGCUGAUCCAUCAGUAAACUCAGAGGUGGAAGCAUUGUCAGGCCCAGAAGCAGAAACCAUAGCGCAACCCUCAAGCAUGGAAGUGCAUGCUGAAGAACAAACAAUGCGACUAGAAGGCCCACCAGUAGAUGAGUUAUCCAUUGAAAAUGCAGAAGCUAGUGAAGUAGGGGCUGCUGAUAUCCCAUCCACUAGUACUUGCCCACCAUUGACUGUAGAGGCAGCAAAAUCAUCUAAGUUUAUUCAAGAGAGAGGAAUUUGAUAGAAUCUUCAUCUUAGAAGAUAAUUUUCAUCGUGAGAAUCACCAGGCAGCACCUAAGAAUGAGGUUGAGGAAGAGAGAGAGACCCAUUGUAAAUGUUUUGCAUAGACACUUAUUACUCUUGUAAAUGACUUCACUGAUAGCUUUGUCUGGUGAAUGUCUUCCAUGUAAACAAUUUCAGUAGUACUCCCUUCUUAUAGAUAGUUUCUUCAACCUAGUUGGGAUAAAUGUAAGCAUAGCGCCAGACUCGAGACAAAACAGUCUAAAUGUUAGCUUAAUAUUGUGAUGUCUUAUUCUGAGUAACUGUUUUUAAUCUAGAUUUCCCAUUGCUCUUUGUAUCA